AUGGCGAAAACGCCCAAAUUGAAGAAUAAACAACCCAAGUCAAUACACUCUCGAGCUGCGCGGCGCGCAGCGUCACCCUCAGAUGAGGUCGACAAAUCGCUGACGUCCCUGCCACGAGCAGAGACGGCCAUUCCGAAACCCCCCUCGGUUCUAGCGGCUCAGGCAAAUGCGGGAGUGUCAAAGAAGAAGGCAAAGUCCAAACCUAAGACGCGGGCCCAACGUCGACGACAACAGAAAGGCAUCGAGAGGGCCGAGAUCGUUAUGGAUCAGCUGGAGAAGAAAGUAGCUAAGAGCGUAGGGAAAGCAAAGAAAAUUAAAGAGCGAAAAAUAAACUGGGAUGAGAUCAACCGCAAACAGCUCAAGGCUACGAAGCAUCAUCAAGAAGCCAUGGAAGGUGCCGAUGCCGACGAUGCUAUGGUAGAUGAUGAUCAGCCUAUGACGUCCACGGCACCCGAGAAAUCUCUGCCAGUGUCGACAAACGCCCCGGCCGUGAGCUACAACCAGGUGGCAGACAACCAGGUAGCGGACGAACCCAAAGAAGUGGAUGAGGAGGAUGAGAUUACUUGA